GACAGUGUAGUGUAAAUUGGGGGGAAACGUAUUUAUUUUGCCUUCUGGCAAAUACGCACUUUCAGCAAAAGAAGAGAAUAUCUCUGUCCAUUUUAAACGAGUAGACAUAGGCUAGGCCCACCACAUGCAGAAAUAUCCGCCUACAAGUCCUAUGACUUGAUGUGCACUAUAAAACUUUGGCUGGCUCUUUUGUCCUGAGUGUUAAUUGGAUAUUGSAGGAAAUCUCCUGUUGAUUUGACCUGCGCUUUGUAACCACUUGACACGCUGAUCWUAAAUGAUAGGAUUAAGGCCAUGUAGCCUAAUGCACGACCCGCUCAAUACGAGCUCUUCAAAGGUAGUCGGAUUGUUGUUCGAACGUUCUUUAUCUGGUGAUCUUUAUAAAAUAUCAUGUUAAGACAGGACAAUGAGGAGAGAGUCCGUUUGUGAACAAUGCGCCAUUGUUGAAGGGUAUAAAUAAAUCAAACCGUUUCAAAUGUCAUGGUGACCAUUCAGGACUAACAUGUUUGGCAAGAUUUCAACUGACAACAAUACUGUUACUGAGAACAAUUUAGUUGAGGAGGAAGCUCGCUAUGGUUCCAGUCCUCUUGCUAUGCUAACCGCUACCUGCAACAAGUUUGGCAGCACCAGCCCGGUGAGGGAUUCAGCCACCCCGGGCAAGGCCGGCCCCGGCAGCUCCGCUCCAGGCAAGAAGCAGUACACCAUGAGCUCAGAGCUCCAGGGACAGAGAAUCAGCAGAGGAGGAGAGAGCAUGGAGAACUCCUACACUGGUUCCUUCAGCUCAGCAGGGGGGUUACUCACACCCACUGGUAGCCCUCCUCCAUCCUCUGGGGGGUAUACGUCAGAGUACAACCCCUUCUCCCACUCCUUCCAGACCUCCAUGUCCCAGGGCCAGGACCAGUCUCUGCUGGUGUCCAAGGCCCACGCCACGGCCGACUGUCUGACCAGCGUCUACACCUCCCUGGACAUGACUCACCCCUACGGCUCCUGGUACAAGGCAGGCAUCCACCCCGGCAUCACCGCCGCGCCCUCCAACACCACUUCCUCCUGGUGGGACGUCCACCCCAAUACCAACUGGCUGAGUGCUGCCCAGCCCCAGUCCGACGGCCUCCAGGGAUCCCUCCAACCCGUCCCUCCCCAAGCCUCCCUCAGCCCCCAGCUGCCCAGCUACACCUCUGACUUCACCUCUCUGAACCCAGCUCAGUACCCCUCGGUGGGCCUGGGAUCCACAUCACACCUCCUCCAGUCCUCCCAGCACAUGCUGCCUCAGGACAUGUACAAGCCCAAGCCGGUGUCUGGCGGGGGGCUGAUGGAGAGUCAGAUGGGCCUGAAGCCUGCUGGUGGAUCACGGGGGUACGGUGGAGGAACCACCACUGGCCGGUCCAACUGUGACUGUCCCAACUGUCAGGAGCUGGAGCGGCUUGGGGCCUCGGCUGCAUCCCUGAGGAAGAAGCCCGUUCAUAGCUGCCACAUCCCGGGGUGUGGGAAGGUGUACGGUAAGGCCUCGCAUCUCAAAGCCCACCUCCGCUGGCACACCGGGGAGAGACCUUUCGUCUGCAACUGGCUGUUCUGCGGGAAACGUUUCACACGUUCCGACGAACUGGAGAGGCACGUCCGUACGCACACCCGAGAGAAGAAGUUCACCUGCCUGCUGUGUAACAAGAGAUUCACCCGCAGCGACCACCUCAGCAAGCACCAGAAGACCCACGCAGAGUCUGCCCUGCAGCAGGCCAAGACCGGGGAGGGAGAGGCUCAGGACCCCAGGAACAACGAUGAGACGACAGACCCCAAUAACCUCAACACGGCCGUGCAGAAUAACAACGUCCCYAGUGAGACGACUACCAACGGAGAGGAGAAGACUGGCUCAGCCAACGGGGUAGAGACGAGCAGUGGACUGCUGGAGAUUUAACUUCAGCGUAUGUGGGUCUUAUAGAGAUGUUUUGUUCAGUUAGUGUGCCACCGUUGUGGUGCAAAGUUUACUAUAUAUCUAAAAACAAAACAGCAUUAUUUACUAUUUGUACAUGCUGCCUGCGCGUUUGACAUUAAUUGUCAAAGGAUGUAUUUGACAUAGUUUGUAUUGACUUUCAAGAUAACUGGCCAGGCUGGUCGGAAAUACCCAUUCUGUGGACUACACACACACACACACACACACACACACACACACACACACACACAAUUUCUUAAUUUUCAGUAAGACAAACCACUAAAUUCAAUCUGUAAGAUCAGAGGGGGAAAAAACCAAGAAGAAAAUGUGUGUAUCUAGUAUGAGGGACGUAAUGGAGCAUUGCUUUGCCAUGGUACAUUAUUGGCUCAGUAAGAACCAGUCUCUGAUAUCGGGUACGUCUUGUUUUUGGGUUUGAGUCUGUGCGCUUCCUAUCAUGUCUUAUUUAAUUUUAGAUUUACACAAAUAAUCUAAUUUAUGUAUUAAAUUAUAAGCAUUAAAGAUUAUCGUGCAUUUUUCAGGCAGUGCAUUGUUGGAUAAUAAUGGCAAGAUAAAGCUGGCCAUUGAUCAUUUAGUAAAUUAAGAUUUUCUUUUUGGUUUCUUUUAUUUAUUGAUUAUAACCAUGGUGAUGUUUUCGGUGCUAUCUUGUUUGAAGAUGUAUUUAUAGAUCUUGAAAUGAAUUGUUUCUGCUAACUAUUUUCUAUAUAACCUUUCUAUUGUGAAGUCUAAACACCUGCCACGUUGAUAGUUGAUAAAAGCGUUCUCCUUGAGGGUACUUAUCGCUGUAAUGUCAGGUGUGUUAUUUUUCUACCUUUUUCUAUUUUGUUGAUAAACUUCUUUCCAACUAUAAUGAAAAUGACACAACAAUAAUAUUAASACACACUGAUUAAAUUAGAAAUCAGAUGUUAUAUGUUCAUGUCUUCAAAGAAAGUCCAAAGUUUAUCACAUCAAUGCAUGAUGGAUAUUUGGGAUAAUAAACUCCUGAUAUUUUGUGAUUGAACUUCAUGAAGAAUAUUAGUUGGAACUUUUGCAGGAUGUGGAAUGAGCUAAAUAAUGAAACAGUAAUUCAGCAUGAGCUUGGUAUAGGAGUAUGUCUGAGUGUCAUGAUUUGGAAGUCAUGACAUGGAAUGGUGCUUCAGUAAAAGGAAAAAAAAAACUA